UUUUACUAACUUAUGGAGGGGGCGUGGUCAGCGUGCGAGCGCCGCGUGUCUGUAAAGGCGCUGAUGGACUGCGCGCGUGCUCAGUACCUUCUGGCUUCAGCGUUGGAUGGUAUGGCGGAGGCUCAGAGAGACAAUCGCCUUCUUUCCCGUGCUAUUACAGCCUAUCUUCAACUGCUGAAAAAUAAUGAACGACUUUCCGAUACGAAACUUGUGAUGGUCGCUAAUCGAGCUAUAGACAGGAUAAAGUUUAGAGGAGUGUAUCUGAAUGCAGAACCGAUAUACCGAUUAUUGAUUCGUCGAUUUCCAAACGAAGUUUAUUACAGAAAUAAUUUAACUGUUUGUUUCCUUAUGGCUAACAGAGUGGAUCUUGCAGAAGAAGUUUUGAAAGAAACUCUCCGAUUGUGGCCCGACGACCGCGUCGCUUUAGGACAUUACGGUUUCAUUUUAAAAAAUACACACAAUAAGCAUGAAGAGGCCGUUGAAUAUUUACAGAGAGCUCUCGAGCACGAAAGCGGACCCGCUAACGAACCUCGCUUUUACUAUCAUUUAGGAGAUGCACUCUUAUUACUUGGGAGGUUAAAGGAAGCCGAGGAGGUUCAUAAACGUGGUGCAGCUCUAGGGCAUUUCCUAUCACCUUCCCAGCGUUCCCUGUAUAAUGUAGAUCGGUUAAAAGGUCGGCCUUGGUGGCCGAUAGAAGACACACCUUACGUACAACUAGCGAGAGCCUUAGAAAAAUCCUGGCGAGAAAUUUUAAAGGAAGCCCUAGCUGCGAAGGCUCUUUAUGAGAAGGAGAAAGAAGGAUUGAGCGAGAAGGGCUGGUCCCAGUUGGAUUUGUUUGUUCGAGGGCAGGAAAUCCCUGGCAGAUGCAAGACGGCUCCGGUCACGUGUUCGAUAGUUCGUUCGGAACCGGCUGCGGCGGGAUGUAGGCGGGGCCAAGUGAAGUUCAGUGCGAUGGAGGCGGCGACUCGCGUGCGGCCACACGUCGGACCCACUAACUGCCGUCUCCGAAUGCAUCUAGGCUUAAGCAACACACAAAAUACUUUUAUUAGAGUGGAUAAAGAAAUUAGGCAAUGGGAAGUCGGCAAGGUGUUCAUAUUCGACGAUAGCUUCGAGCACGAGGUGUGGCACAACGGCACCAGUCCGCGCCUCGUGUUGAUCGUGGACGUGUGGCACCCCGACCUCACCGCGAAGGAGCGCCGCUCCCUGCCCGCUAUCUGAUUACCUUUGCUAGCCGCUCACUGGCAAUACUUUAACAUCAGCUUGUUGCUGAACUCUACAAAUUAACACACCAAAGAUCUGCUCAUAGACAUCUUGUUAAAUCUAACGUAAAAUAUGUUAAAUUAUGUAAAAUAUGUACAGUUAUGCACGUCUCACACAAUGGUAGGCUAAAACUACGGAAUGUUUUGCCACGACACUCCUACACUUUCUUAUUCCUGGAAGGUACUAUUGAACUAACCCCUACCAGUACAUCCGAUAGGGUUGUGAAUCUACGACUAGGUUUACCCUUUCCAACCCACAUGGAAUCUGGUAAAUACACCGCUAUUUAUUGUCUAGAAAAGUAAUCGCUUGACGGAACAAAUCGUCGGGCUCGAAGGACCAAAAAAUACACUACCGCAGAUUCGUUAGUACCGUACCGUAGUUACAAAAUUUGUAGAAAUAGUUUCUAAUUUUUAUCUUUAGCACGUUUAAUAUAACGCAAAGUAACGCCCGUGACGAGUCAAUCUUACGGCAGCCUUCAAAUUGGUACUUGUAUAACCUAUUCGGGUUGGUACAUUACUUAAGUCAAUAUUGUCCUCAAAUUGGGUAUAGGAUUGCAUAAGUCAUGGUAUAAUAUUGUGGUUAGUUGUAUAGUUAGUAUCCUAAGCUACUAAUGUAACUGUACAUAAGUAUAUUUUAAUGUUUGUUAAUUAUCAUUACCAAGUUUAAAUAUAAAUACAAUGCUCGAA